AAAAAACGGGACAACAUGCCUCAAUUGUGGAAGAGCGGCAAGCCGGCCGCGGCCGCUUCAACGUCGAGCAAUCAACAACAAGGAUCAGCGAUGAGCCCGCCAGCCAAAGGAUUUUUCAUAUGCCCGCCAAAAUUGGUUUUGGGCGAAGGGGGAGGCGAUACGCCGUCGUCGGCAUCGAGCAGCAACGGCUUUUUCAGUUUCCCAUCGUCGCCGCCAUCGUCGCCCACAUCGCCAACGCAUCACCAACAUCCCCCCAAAUACGAUCAACUCCUCAAUGAAUUACGACGCGCUCAGGAAAGGAGGGGUCGAUUGCAAAACGACGCGCCAAUGGGCGUGUCCAGUCAACCACUUGAACCGGCUGCGGCGACGGCCGCCACCGCGUCCACCGUCCUUUUGAAAAAUGCGCCGCUCGAAACAAUGCUGUUGCGCCGAACGAUAAGAUCGCCAGAGCCACCUAGCGGCACCUACGUCAAUCAUUUCAAUAGCAGCGGAGCGGCGGGAUUCGCUCAGCGUUUGGAUCCCGUUGGAUCCAAAUCGCCACGGAUGACUAACAAAGCCGCUCCGAAAAAAGUUCGAUUCCUGGAAGAUGGGACAGGCAAUUUGCAUACGAGCGUCUUUGGCGGAUCGGCUGAAUCGAUUGGCUCCCUGUUAGAUUCCCAUUCGCAAGAAUUGAAUCAAUCAGGUGGGACGGACGACAUCGACAGUUUGAUAUCGUCGCUCAUCAGUUACUCGGACGCGACCGAUCAUCGAUUGGCCGAUGAAAAAACGCAAGCAAAGACGGCCAACGGAACGGCUAAACAUCACAACAACGGGACGGACGGCCUGGAUUUUAAAGAGCUACGCACAAGCGCGCAGGAAGAGGACGCCCGCCAAAAUUUAAACGAAUCUACGACAUCAUCGUCCGGCGAUGACGGACACCAGCAGCAACAAGCGGAAAAGGCAACGUUGCAUCAGACCCGUACGGGAGUGUUGGACAACUUCCUGGACAUCUUUCGAUGCGGCAAUGCGGAGGUGGUCGAUCAGAGGCAGACGGUGGUUCACCUCGAGCCGGACGAUCCCAAUUCCGUCGAUUCGGGCAGCGUUCUUUCCGAGCUGGAUUUCGAAGAGACAUCGUCCACCAUCACCGACAUCGAUUCCAACAAGACCUUCAGUCUCCACAGCCCAGACAAUUCCGUUUCCGAUCACAGAAUCGACGAUUGGUCGCAAGUGAGCGAUCUGCUCGAGCGCAGCUUACAAGAGAUCCGGCAAAUGGAAGAAGACACCAACAAAUCGCAUCCGGUGGACAGCAAAUCGAGCGAGAAGAGCAAACGAGAGCCGCUCUACGAGCUGAUUGGCUGGAAGCGGAACCCUCCCCUCGUUCAGCUGGACUUACGCGGUUCCAAGCCAUUCCCGCUCCCAUCCACCCCAUCCGCACCGGCCCCACCGCAAGACUCAUCUCCCCCGCGAUCGCCUUCCCCCUUACCCCUGCCUCCGCCAACACCCCCACCCGUCGAAACGGACGUUUGGAUCCCUCGGCAAGAUUGGGUGCCCCCGGCUGCGCCUACACCUGCGCCGAUGGUCAAACAAGCCGAUAAAGUUUGGAUCCGCCGGCCAACGCUUUCCGUUGCCACCCAUAGUCACAACAGCAACAACAAAGAAAGUGCGCCUGUCCGGAAGAAUCCGGCGACGGAAGAGGCCAACUCCAUUUACGGCCGACUGUGGGAGACGUCCAGUUCGCCCAACAACAGCAGCCGGAGCAGCAGUUGCAGCGCGGAAGCGGAGGAAAAGCCAACAUCCAGCACGGAAGCGGAAUUAACGGCCAUCCGUUCGAUGGCUAGAAAAGCCCGACUGGAACAUUGGCGGCUAACUGGAAUGUCCAGCAGUUCGCCGGUAGAGGAAGGAACGACGCAGUUAAACAACAGCAAUCCUUCCAUCGUUAUCGAACCUUCAUCUUCAUCUCCCAGUCCGGCCUAUUUAAGUUCCCUGCCGCUAUUUAAUCAUCGCGCAAUUAAGACGGGCAUCCAGCUGACGUGGCCACCUCCGCCUUUACCGCAAUCGCCAUCGUCUUCAGCUACGGCCACUCCGGUAACGCCUACCCUUCCGCCCCUCCCAGCCACGUCGAGCGAUGGCUGCCAGCAUCUGCACGCGCCGCACGGCCCAUCGCACAACGGACACUCGCCGAAAUGUUUCGGCCAUCAACGCAUUUUCCAAUGGCCCAUUCCGGCUCUGAAACUUGCCAACAAACGGCCAAAACAAGCCGCCCAACCGCAACAGGAGAACGCGACGCAUCCAUCGGCCGGAAUGGAGCAAAAAAAAGAGACGGGCAAACCUUCGUGGAGGCCGGCAAAGCCAGCCAAUUUGGAAGAGGCUCAAGAUUGGUACUGGACGGAAGAAUUCCCUUUGGCCGCCGGCCUGGAGCCUGGCACGGGUAACAUGUCGGCCUGGUUUCACGCUGCUAUUUCACGCUGGGAAGCCGAACGAAGGCUGACCAACCAGCCGGCAGGCGCUUUCCUGGCCCGUUUGACGGAACGCCUAUGGGGCUACGCUAUUUCUGUUCGGAAUCCUUCCGGAAAUGUUUCGCAUUUCUUGAUCGACGCCGGAGAAAAACGUUGCCAUAAAAAGUACACGCUUCUUGGCUCAACCGAUCCGCCUCACAAAAGUUUACGUGAGUUGAUUCAGUACUAUGGCAAACACGCCCUGACGCCCGACGGAUCAGAGAAGUUGCUCUUCCCUUGCCCGCAAGAAAGUUCGGUCGCUUUUCCAGGGCCAGCAUCGCCCAAUAUCAAUGGCUCUUCGCCGAGCCGAUUGAUCAAAUCAACUUGAUUGGGAAACAAUUUGCCUCAAACAAAAAAAUUAUUGUUAUCUUUGCAAAGCUUUUCUUCAAAUCGUGUGGUUUUUUCUAAAGAAAAAGCUGGAUCUACCACACGUCCUACACUAUAUUCUCUUCUCCCGCGUCUCCCUCCUCCCAAACGAAAAGAAAAAGCAAAAAAAAAAAAACAA